AAUUAGUGACUUAGCUAAAAAUAAAUAAUAAAUCAAUGAUUUAGCUAAAACCUAAUAAAAACAUGACAAAUAAGCAAAUUUACUAAAAUUAUGGAUAAUAUAAAAUAUAAUUGAUUCUUUAAUACAAAAUUAAAAUAAGAGUUUUGUUAAAUCAAACAUAAGUCUGCCGUAUCGGUGUUACAAAAAAAAAUCAUUAAUAGUGUCGUAGGAAUUACGUAUUUUCCAUUAGCGAAUAAAAUUUAAGGAUAGCUCAACGUAUAGACGAGAUUAUGGAGAUUGAUAUGGGAGUUGAGGUAAAGGAAACAACUGUUCCUCGGCAAAGAAAUGCCCCUGCUAGAUAUCCUGGAUAAAUGAAAGAGACAUAUCUGGACUUGGCUUUGUGUUAAUGGAUGGUGACUUCCCAAUGCUGUUUGGAGCAAGGGCCGAUAUACACACACCAAAUCACCACUGUAAGCGGAAGCCGAAGGUUUGCUAUGGGUAAUGAAAGUGAUACUGAAGUUUGGACAUAUAGAGAUGGUCUUUCAAUCGACUGUGAACAACUGGUUAUACUCAUUCAAAAGGAGGAAGAUUGGUCUGCGUUGGACUCGGAGCUCGACGAAAUACAAGCUGUAUCUAAAGAAUUUUAUGAACUUUCUAUUGCUUAUAUUCCUAGAUCUUUAAAAUUCUGUACGCGUAACCUAGCAAAAGGUGUCCGAUCACGCGCACUCGAUCAGCUUUUGAAAACCCUUUUGCACCAAGUUGGCUAGCCCCACAAGCUAGCAUGAGGGUGCCAAAAAAAAAAGAGAAUAAAGUUGAAAGUGAAACUAAAUAUUCCAAUGAACAAAUUUAUCAGAAGUCCAUAUUUACGUGGAUGUAUAUAUGGGACAAACAAUUUUUUUUAGACAAUUAUAGAAUAUAGUCACGAAAAUCAAUCCUAAAAUAUAUAAUCUAAAAAACCAUUUAAACAAACCAUCAAAAUUUUCAAUAUUACACCAAAUAAGUAUAUAAAGACCAUCUAUAUUCUCUUCAUGUAUAAUGUGUUGUGGUAAGAUUCAAAAAAAUUAACUUACUUUACAGUAAAAGAAAAUUAGAUUUUUAAUUCCAAAUUUACAGUAAAAACAUAAAAUUUUAUAAAACUAAAUAAUUGACAUAAUAGUAUUAAAAUAUGAAAAAAAAAUCAAAAUACUAUCCGCGCGUAGCGCGGACAACGACCUAGUCUAACUAAAAGGUAUUCAGAAAGCAUUUCUAAUCAAAUUAUAAACGGAGUGUUCCAAAAAAAAAAAGAACAAAAAAUCAAAUUAUAAACGGUAUUUUUUCUACAACUUUAUGUCUAAAAUAAUUAAUGAUGCCUUAAGAAACGGGUAUUGAGAGAAAAUCAAGUUAGUUGCAUAACAGAAAAGAUCCUCAUUCUUCUGUGUUUAUUCACCUUCUUUUCUCUCUUUUCUCACAUUAUCUCUUUGUACAUUCUCGUCGUUUUCUUGUGCAUUCACCUUUGUCUGCUUAACCUUUUCCCAUUGGUUCGGUACUGAAACCCUAAUUAAGCUUAUUUAUUUGUUUAUUUAUUUUACGUCGUUUCUCUUCACUCCAAGAACACAUGGACGACGAGAGCCGAAGAGGUAACUUGAGGAGAAGAGCUCGACAGAUCAACGGGGAAGACGUCGACCGGCCAACGAAUAGACGUCGUCAAAAUGAACUUCAAAACGACGGCGUACAAGCUGGUGAUCACGUCGAACCCCUUCCCCUUGAACUAAGCUUGGGCUCAACAUCACACUCCUCUCAGAUCCCGCCUAUGACCACGUCGUCGCUUCCUCUAGCACCACCAUCACCUUUUGCUCUUCCUCUGACGACGUCGUCGCUUCCUCUAGCACCAGCAUCGCCUUUUGCUCCGCCUAUGACGACGUGGCAGACAGCUGGUUCUAUAGCGCAGUACUUUGCUUCGUCACAGUCUCAUUAUAUGACGUAUCCGCCCUAUUUGAGCAACUCUAUCUACCAGACAAGACCGUCAACACCGAUGCAGCCACCGUUCGGACAGUCGUUUAACCUCUUCCCAUCGUCAUCUUUCGUUCCGACAAGACCAGUUAUGAGACCAGCAGCUUCCGGGGCUGUGUCACGUCGUAGCUACAGAUCGCAGUCCAGCGUUAACCGUAAUGACGAUACGAUCCCGCCGCCGUUUCCAUGGGCGACGAGUAAACGAGGGUGGAUACAAAGCUUGGAGAAUCUCGCGUCGAAGCAGAUCACCACCAUCACCGGAGAGGUGCAAUGCAAACACUGCGAGAAAGUGUAUCAAGUGAGUUACAAUCUAAGGGAGAAAUUCUCGGAGGUUGAGAAUAUUUUCGUGAUGGGCAAAUGGAUUAUGAGAGAACGAGCUCCUCCGAUAUGGACAAAUCCAGAACCGGCGAGAUGCGAUCUCUGUGGCCGUGACAAGGCGGUGAAGCCGGUGAUAGCUGAACGGAAGUAUCAGAUUAAUUGGUUGUUUUUGCUUUUGGGACAAACGUUAGGUUUUUGUACGUUGGAGCAGCUCAAGAAUUUCUGUAAGCAUUCAAGGAGUCACCGGACCGGAGCUAAGAACCGUGUGCUUUAUUUGACGUACCUUGGUCUUUGCAAGAUGCUCGAGCCUAACCGUGAGCUCUUUCAACGUGAAACCGCCAGGCGGUGAGUAAGAUCGUUUGAAGAUCUUAGCAAACAAAAAAAGAUCGUUUGAAGAUAUUUGCUAGGGUUUUAGAUGAUUUGGAUGGUUGCAUUUAGGUGGGUUUUAUUUGAAUAAUUGGGGUGAAAAAUGCAUAUGUUUCGCAUGUAUUAUUAUCCCUUUGUCGUUUCUUGGUCUUGUGUUUAUUUGGACUUUGAAUUAAUAUCUUAUUAAUAUAUAAAGUCUAAAAUUGCAUGGAUUACGUUUAAAAUUUUGGCUUAUCUCAAAUUUUUAAAAUUAAAAUAGCGCUUAAUUUAAAUUUUGUUUCUAUGUGAUUUGAAUUAGAAGAAGAAGAUAUUCAGAAACCGGAAUCUUUUCAAAUCGAUCCAAGUCUAACGACUUUUCCGUUAUAGAUCGCAAGUUAACCUAAUUUUAUUAAAAAAACUAAGUCUAAAACAGGACGAAGCCCAAAACAAGACAAGUAAGAAAAAGGCCUGAACAACAAUCCAACUUUACAA